AUGCCUGACAGAGAUGCUGUCUCAUAUUCUAUAAUGAUUGUUGGUACAGCUAUGUUAGAUAUGUAUGCUAAGUGUGGAAGUAUGAUUAAUUCAUAUAAAGUAAUUGAGGGAAUGAAGAACCCGGGUUUGAUUUCCUGCAAUGCAGUGGUAGCCGGGUUUGUACGCAAUGGACUCUUUGAAGAGGGCAUUGUGUUGUUUAACCAGUUCCGGAAGUUUGGUUUGGUUCUUGAUAUGUACUCAAGUUUGUUGGAUUUAGAUGCUGCAGCAAAAAUAUUUGAUGAGAUGGAAUGCAAAGAUGUUAUCAAUUGGACAACAAUGAUAGGUUUGUUGAUUGAUCUUGAAUGUGCCGCUUAUGCACUAGAGCUUUUCAGCAGAAUGAGGGAUAGUGGGAUCAGUCAUGACACAGUGGUCAUCAUGAAUCUCAUUUCAGCUUGUGCAAUCAUCGGGGAUUUGAAGAGAAGGAGAAAAGUCCAGGCUCAAGCUGUUGUUUGUGGAUUUGGUUCUGAGCUCACUCUUGUGAACUCUCUAACUGCAAUGUAUUCCAAGUGUGGUGACUUGAAUUCUUCUAUAACUGUUUUUGAUCAAAUAUCUCAGAAGAGUUUAGUUUCAUGGACAGCUAUGAUUUUGGGCUAUGCACAGAAUGGACACCCAAGAGAGGCUUUGAAUCUCUUAGUUGAAGACUUGAAGUUAGACUAG